AGUCUUGACUGACCCCUCCUAUGUAUAUAUAUGCUCCACCUUCUACCUUAUUCCCUUCGUCAACUGAGGCUUGAUCAAGUUUGCCUAUCACAUACACUGGUAUAACUAGUUGGUAUAACUAGUUAUAGGAUACUACAGUACAGAACCCCAACACUUGCAGCAAAGGGGCUUCAUUCUUGAAACCCACAAUCAUUUCGUCUCCAUUCGUAAUCAUGUCAGCCAUCUUCCAAAAGGCCAAUACAGCCGUCAUCACAGGCGGCGCGUCGGGCAUCGGACUGGCGCUGGCGCACAAGUGCGUCGGGUACGGGAUGCGAGUGGUGGUCGCAGACUGGGACACCGGGCGGCUGGACGAGGCGAGACGGUCCCUAGGAGCUGGCGCCACUGCGCUAAGGGUUGAUGUGGCGAAGACGGAAGACUGGGCGGCGCUGAAGACGCAUGUGGUGAGGGAGCUUGGGGGCCAGGUCAACUUGCUCGCGCUUAAUGCGGGCGUGUCUGGGGGUGGCACGUCUUUCAAUAAUAGCGAGGGCGAGGGUUCAGGGGUUCAGGGGUUAGAAACGUGGAGGAAGGUUGUUGAUGUGAAUUUCUUCGGCGUAGUCAAUGGGAUUACGACGUUCCUCCCGCUGAUUAGAGAGAUGGUGGAAAAGAAGGAGGAAGGUAAGGAGGGGGAGGAAGCGAGGAUCAUCAUCACGGGCUCGAAACAAGGUAUCACGAAUCCCCCCGGUAACCCGGCGUAUAACGCCAGCAAAGCGGCAGUAAGGAGCGUCGCGGAGCAGCUCUCAUUCGACCUCCGCGCGGUAAAGGGUGUGGCCGUGCACCUCCUCAUUCCCGGGUGGACAUGGACGCCGCUGGCGGGUGCGGUGGGAGGCAAGGCAAAGCCCGAGGCGGCGUGGACAGCAGAGCAGGUUGUGGAGUUUUUAGAGGGAAAGAUGCGGGAAGGGGAAGAGAAAGGGGACGAGAAAAAGUUCUGGGUUUUGUGUCCGGAUAACGAUGUCUCGGAGGAGACAGAUAGGAAGCGGAUGCUCUGGACGGCGGAUGAUCCCGUUAAAGGACGCCUGCCGCUGAGUCGGUGGAGGGAUGAGUAUAAUCUAGAGUUUGAGGCGUGGAUGAAGGGGAGGGGAGGGUUGUGAGUUGUGAAUUGGGGUUGUAUCUAAUAUGUUGCUCGAGUUCUACUCGCAGAGGCUGAGAUGAGUAGCUGGUAUGGAUUUGGUAUUUCAUCUUCAGUUCAUACAAGAGUUUAUACAAGUAUCCUAUUUAUGAUCAGAUCCGUUCCUUACCCCAAAAGACCUAAAGACCUAAAGACAGUACGAUGGAAAUAUAGUAUAUAUUGCAAGA